UCCGCCAAACUUCCGUAUGAUCAGAAGACACAACAAUCAUCGAGUGAAGGGUUUUACAAACCUUUUGGGACGUUUUACCGGCCGACCCUCCAGGCAAAACAGCCAGAGUCAAGUUUAGACACGAGCAGAGAAAUUCACAGGAAACGGAGUUGGGACGUCCCUCAGGAUGUUCUGUUAGGAGCGGUUUUCAGGUCACGCCUGGGGUCGGAUGGUUCCGGGUCUCUGACAGCAGACUGAUCAGCAUGGCGCCCCCUGUUGAGAACACAGAGAAAAGCUGCUGGGUGUGUUUUGCCACGGAGCGGGACGACGUCACCGCCGAGUGGGUGAGCCCCUGCAGGUGUAAAGGAUGCACCAAGUGGAUCCACCAGACCUGUCUGCAGCGCUGGCUGGACGAGAAGCAGAGGAGCAACGCCGCAGGAGGCGUCAGCUGUCCGCAGUGCGGCACGCAGUACCACAUCAUCUUCCCCAAGAUGGGUCCGCUGGUCUUCUUCCUGCAGCAGGUGGACAGAGCUCUGUCCCGGAUCAGCCCCUUCGCCGCCGUGGGCGUGCUCAUCGGGACGGCGUACUGGUCCGCGGUGACAUACGGCGCUGUGACGGUCAUGCAGGUGGUGGGACAUAAGAAGGGUCUGUAUGUGAUGGAGCGAGCCGAACCGCUGGUUCUGCUCAUGGGGCUGCCCACGAUCCCCGUGCUGCUGGUUCUGGGAAAGAUGAUCCGCUGGGAGGACGGCGUGGUGAGGCUGUGGCGGAGGUUCUGCCGCAGAUCGGACCUCCAUCCAGGCUGCGGAGUUCUCCCGCCUCGGGCCGACAGACCCGGUCCAGAAGAUCACAUGUCUGUGUCCAGAAUUCUGUGCGGGGCGCUCAUCUUCCCGUCUGUCGCCAGCCUGGUGGGGCGGCUGCUGUUCCGGCGCGUUUCCUCCAACCUGCAGAGAACCAUUCUGGGGGGCAUCGCCUUCGUGCUCAUCAAGGGGGGGUUGAAGGUGUAUUACAAACAGCAGCAGUACGUGGGUCAGACCAGCAGACAAAUCCUCAACUAUCCAGACGGACGGGCGGGCGAGCCGGCCGCUCAGGGCGGGGCCCACACAGAGGACGGCGGGAACGAGUGACGCCAAACGAGUCCGGGGACCUGGGGGGAGUUUAUUUUAGAGGCCUUCUUCUCCCCUGGAUCCCCUAAGGCACCGUCCUUGCUGCCCCCCCCAUCAGAGGUGCCUUCUGGGAGUUUUCUGUCUGAGCUUGAUGCUGCGUCUUCUAUGAACCUGAGAGGCGGGAAGAAGCAGCGCAGACAAAGAUGGAGGCUGCGGCGCCGCUCUGAGCCAAUCAGCGAAGGGCCCCCGUCCCAUAGAGGUUUCUACGGAGGAAAACCUUCUAAAACAACGGAAAAAAAAAAAAAAAACUCUUUACAUAAAAAUGUGAUUAUUUUUAUUCAAAGAAAACGACUUACUGUCUUUUCACUGAAUUUUGGGGGAUUAUUCAGGAAAUCUUGUGUAGAAACACGAGCAGAUGUGUGUAUUUUGAUCAGUUUGCAAAGGUUUUCUAUUCUUAGAAAAGGGCUUAAAUGAGUAAAUUAACUUUUUAAGGAACUAAGAAACGCCGUUAUGUUGCUGCUCUGCUUCCUCCUGAACGUCACAGUUCAGUUCUUCUUCCUCCAUCAGGAGGCGUCACUCAGACGAUUUUUUUCUUUCAUUGAACGAGUUUUGCGGAUUGAAGUGUGUAAUUUAUUUGACAUUAGGAUAAUUUUAUGAAAUGAGAAGCUCCUGGAUGGAAGCUGAAUUAAGGGGAUGUUGCUGACAAAAUAAAGACAGAUAUAAUUCCUCA